CGCUGACCACUACGGCACUGCGAGUGCCCUCGGGAGAUCUAAGACUUAAGUUAGGUAAUAGGUAUUCAAUUAACGAAUUCCAACCAAUCGAAAGUCUAUCAGUAAUUCGUUUUAAUAAAUUAAGGUCAUCAGUCAGUGUGCAUAUUUGUUUUAUAACCAUGGAGAACACCAAAAAGGCUCUGUCAUCGAUACCGCUACUAAAGACAAAAGCAGGUCCUCGGGAUGUUGAUUUGUGGCCACAAAGACUUAAAGAAGAAUACCAAUCCCUAAUCCAAUAUGUUCAGAACAAUAAAGCAGCCGAUAAUGAUUGGUUUCGUCUAGAGUCGAAUAAGGAGGGAACUAAAUGGUUUGGAAAGUGUUGGGUGUUUCAGAAUCAAUUAAAAUAUGAAUUUGACAUAGAAUUUGAUAUUCCUGUAACUUUCCCUACUACAGCACCUGAAAUUGCAUUACCUGAACUUGAUGGUAAAACUGCCAAAAUGUAUCGAGGUGGAAAAAUAUGUUUAUCUGACCAUUUUAAACCAUUGUGGGCUAGAAAUGUACCAAAGUUUGGUAUCUCCCACGCUUUAGCACUUGGUUUGGGCCCAUGGUUGGCAGUUGAAAUCCCAGAACUAAUUCUGAGAGGAGUGGUUAAAUACAAAGAAAAAGAAGAGGAUAAUUAAUUAAAAUUUCAGAGUUACAGAAAAAUUAUUAUGGAAUAAUUUUUGAGAGCUAUAAGUGAUAUAUAAUUUUUAUAUUUUAUGAUAUUAAUUUUAAAAUAACUGUUGAAUACACAUUAAAACAAUCAUUCAUAUUAUUUAAA